AAGGCUGGCUCUCACGUAGGCGCAAACAGCGGGGAAGGCCGAGCGGCGGGAAGGAGGAAGCGAGGCAAAGCAUAAGCCCCAGGAUGGGGAGAGAGGGGCAGCAUCUGAGCCGCACCUGGGGACUUCCAGUAGGGAAGAACAAGAGGCGCCCCUGGCAGGCAGCAGCCCUCGCAGCCUCAAUCCUGAGUUCUUGCUUUCUCCUGACUCAAGCCAAGAAGAGAGUGAUCUCCAACAUUCCUAUCACAUUGAGCCCAUUAAAUCCAGUUAGUGGGCAGAGGGUUGUCUUUGCACUUGGAGAGCUUGUGAGACGGAAGUCCAUUUGCGAGUGGUACCGAGGGUCCAGUGACAAGGAGAACAAGAUAUUGGAAUAUGACUUUGGGUUGACCCAGUCCUCCUUUUCUGCCAUACACAACACCCUCAAAGGCAUUGACAGUUACAUCAAGGGUGAUGCUCAUACUGGGCGGGAGAAGGUGUCCUCAAACUGCUCCCUUUAUUUGGAUCAAUUACUGUUAAGUGACACUGGAACAUACACAGUAGAAAUGAAAAGAUCUGGACAAGUUAAACAAAGAGGGCGUGUUUUCCUAGAAGUCUCAGAUGUUCCUCCUGAUUUGGGAGCGAUUCUCCCCGAUUCUCCCAAGGAUGAUGGUGACUAUGAUUAUUUGCCGACUCCAUCUUCCAUGCUAGUUCCUGCUCUUGAUAUACAAGAUCCUUCUCAUUUAAAGCUACCUCUGGAGAUCAUUUGGAGGAUCAUUAUUGGGUCUUUGGCUGUGACCACAGUCCUGGAGUUCCUACUUUACUUCCUUCUUCGUUCCUGUUAUUGGAGGAACAGAAAUUCUAACCGAAUUAUCUCAGCUACUCCAGGGUGUGGGAUGAUUCCCUCUUCUGCAAAGAUGCUGAAUCAACAUGGAGACCCCGCUGUGCAGAGCAAGCUGUGA